UUCAAAGACCGUGGAUGAGAAGGAGCGGAGUUGUCGGCCGGUUGUCGACCCGAAGAGGUCAACGUCCGACAAGGAGCUCAACACGACACCGAUUUUCGCAAAAGUGAAGGAAUUCUUUAGAAAAUGGGUGCCAGGGGGACGAAAUUGGCCAGCAGUGCACGUCUCGAUGGGAAGACGGCCGUCGUCACCGGAAGCAGUGCCGGCAUCGGCAAAGUCACCGCCAAAGAGCUUUUUCGUCUGGGUGCAAGAGUGAUUAUGGCAUGCAGAGAUGUGAAGAAAGCCGAAGAGGUUGCAGAAAGCAUCAAGACUGAACUGUCGGACGAAAGCAACCUUGGCGAACUGGUCGUCAAGCAGCUGAAUCUGGGAUCCCUUGCUUCUGUGAAAAACUGCGCCGAUGACUUGAAGAAUACAGAAACUAGUAUAAACCUGCUCAUCAACAACGCAGGAGUCAUGGCGUGCCCGCUAAGCAAGACCGAAGACAACUUUGAAAUGCAAUUUGGAGUCAAUCAUCUCGGCCAUUUUGUAUUUACAAAUAUUUUACUUCCCAAGAUCAUCGCCUCUGCACCGUCGAGGAUUAUUAACUUAUCUUCUUCAGCACAUGAAUAUGGCGAAUUGGUUUGGGAUGAUAUAAACUUUGAAAGAAGGACUUAUCGCCCAAUUAAAGCAUAUGCACAAAGCAAAUUGGCAAACGUCCUAUUUUCCAUUGAACUUGCAAGGCAGUUAAAAGAUAAAGGUGUCACUGUAUAUUCUGUUCAUCCGGGGGUUGUAAAAACAGAAUUAGGACGCCAUUUUGACGAUACCUAUUUUUGGGGUGCUAGGAAGAUCAUCAAUACGUUGUUUUACCCAUUCUACAAGACAGCAGAGGAAGGCGCCAUGACGACGUUGUAUUGCGCUUUGAAAGAGGAUGUCGACAACUCUGGGGCUUAUUUCUCGAACUGCAAGAUGACAAAAACUUUUGAUGACGAAAAAUAUGCGAACGAUGCGAAAACAUUAUGGGACAAAAGCGUUGACAUGACUAAAAAAUUCUUGGAUAUUUCAUAUACUAACUAAAAUAUUAUUUAUAUGUAUUAUUAAAAAUCUCAUCUUAUUUUUAA